CUCUUCACUCCAUCGCCGCUUCAGCACGGCUAUUUUCCCCUCGGCUCCAACCCUUCCGAUACUGCACUAAUUGUCCAAUCGUCGAAGAUCUGACGCCCAUGUGCUGAGAACAAAGGAGGAAGGUGCUGAUGACCUCUUUUCCCGGGACGCCGGUUCUUAUACGAAGAUAUGAUGUGGGAGAGUGUAUAUAGACUACGCUUCGUGCUUCUCACGACAUUGGUCUUCUUGUUGAGCACUCCGAUUGUUUCUGCGGGACUCGGGUUGAUUUCGCAGCCGAAGAUGUUUCGGGAGUUGGUCUCAGCAAGCGUUGUGCUUCUGGCCAAUGGCCCUUUUCCCGCUGCAGCAUCCACACAUUCCGAUCUCCGCCUAAACCACAUUCAAGUCAUUGGCACGCACAAUUCAUACCACCGUGAAAUCAAUCUCGCUGAACGCACAAUCUUCGAAAAAUUCGUGCCCUCGCCUCAAAAUUACUACUAUUCACAUUCCAUGCUCUCUGACCAACUACAAUACCAAUUCGUCCGCAGCUUAGAACUCGAUCUCCAUUCCGAUGAAAAAGGAGGACUGUACUACCCACCACUCAUCUGGACCUUGAGUAAUUUGACAGAUGAGCAGAGGCCAUUCAAUGGGGAAGUGUUGAAGAAACCCGGAAUCAAAGUUUUCCACGUCACAGACUUCGAUCCGAAUGCUGUUUGUCAUACUUUCAUCGAUUGCCUCAAGAACUUAAAGACCUGGUCCGAUGCAAACCCAACGCAUGUUCCGAUUCUCAUCGACCUGGAACUCAAGACCGACGCCGACGCCUGCAUCAUCGGCGGCGUAUGCGCCGAAGAAGCCAAGAACUGGACCCUUUCUCGACUCCUCAACAUCGACCAGGAAAUCCGUUCCGUUCUCCCUGCAAAGCAGCUUCUUACGCCCGAUGACGUCCGCCAGAAAGGACUCACCCUCGAGCAAUCUGUUCUACAGCACGGAUGGCCUCGGCUUGAUGAUGUGCGCGGGAAAUUCAUGUUCUAUUUCGACAAUGACCCGAAAGCCAACAUCACGACUGAUCCAAGGAACCUGUACACCGCGAACGGCCAUGAAUCCCUUCAAAACCGCACCAUUUUCACUAACGCGUUAGAGGGGUCUCCAGAUUGCGCAUUCAUCAAGCAUAACCAACCCGUUGGCGCCGACCUCGUUGAAAUCCAACGUCUAGUGAAGAAAGGCUAUAUCGUGCGAACGAGAGCAGAUGAGCCAAUCAGCACAGUCUUAGCGAAGAACACGACAAUGCGGGAUUCCGCCUUCAAGAGCGGGGCGCAGAUUGUUAGUACGGAUUUUCCGGUGUAUAGAUUGGCUGCGAGAUGGGAUUGGGAUUAUGUGACACAGUUGGAGGGCGUGAAGGUCGCGAGGUGUAACCCAGUGACUGCACCGGGCUGGUGUCGGGAUGGGAUAUUGGAGUAGAAAGACAGAAGAUAAACCGCUAUCGACGUUUUCCCUAGUUUCAGCGAGAAAUUAGAGACAGCUAACCUGAACACAAACCACGUUAUGUGAUAGCAUUCAAUAGGAAUACCGUGAGCAGAAGAAGCAAGGUCAAAUCCCAUGCACAUAGUAUUAGCAAACAUCGAAG